CGUGAAUCGGCUGCAGAAUCGUGACGAACCUCGCAGGCACUCGGGGAUCGCCCGUCGUUUUCUUAGUUUUUUUUUUAGAAAAAUUGUUGACGCGCGUUCCACACACACGAAAACUAGCACGUGAACCGUGAUUUUUUUUUCGUUCCCGAGAUCGAUCGUUUCGACGUGCGAAAAUUAUUUGCCAGUCGAAUCGAGCGUACACACAGAGGUUUAACACCAUACCGUAUUGUAUUAUUAUCAUAUUCACGCGUAAAUCGAAAUAUCGCGAAAAUUCCAAUAGCAGAGAAGUUCGCAAAAACGUUCGUACGCACGAAACUGUAUAAUUUUUACACCGCGCAAUAUCAUACAUCAUGACGACCUGCAAAUCUUGUAUCAUGUUGAUGAGCUCACUAAUCCUGUUAUCCUGCGCGCUGCGAUUUGCGGUCGCAGUUCAGACGGACGCACAAGCAAUGAUGUAUUUAUCUCAAUUUGGUUAUUUGAGCCCUUCGAUGAAAAAUCCAAAUUCAGGUCAUAUCAUGUCUGAGGAAACAAUGGCUAAAGCGUUAAUGGAGUUUCAAUCAUUCGUUGGUCUAAAUCUGACAGGUCACUUGGAUGACGAUACUCUACAUUUUAUGAGUAUGCCUAGAUGUGGUGUUCGAGAUAAGGUGGGAUUUGCCACUGACUCCAGGUCCAGGAGAUAUGCUCUACAAGGUAGUCGGUGGAGGGUGAAAGACUUGACGUAUAAAAUAUCCAAGUAUCCUAAACUGCUGGGUAAGUCGGAAACGGACUCGGAAAUCCGGAAAGCAUUCGACGUAUGGUCUGACGUUACACCGUUGACGUUUACUCACAAAAAGUCUGGCCAAGUGCACAUCGAAAUCAGAUUUGAAAAAGGGGAACAUGGUGAUGGGGAUCCAUUCGACGGACCGGGUGGAACUUUGGCACAUGCUUUCUUUCCAGUUUACGGUGGUGAUGCUCAUUUUGAUGAUUCAGAAAAAUGGUCAAUAGGUUCAUUUAAAGGUACUAACUUGUUCCAAGUAGCAGCUCAUGAAUUUGGUCACUCAUUAGGACUAUCUCACUCGGAUGUCCGGUCUGCAUUAAUGGCGCCAUUCUAUAGAGGUUAUAAUCCGUCAUUUAAUUUGGACAGCGAUGACGUUGAAGCCAUUCAGGCUCUGUACGGUGCUAAUACUUCGGCAGAAGGAGCAGACAACGACGACGAUAGCACUAGCCAAGGAUCAGGUAAAAAGACAACAACGCAAGAACCGCCGGGCACAGAGGGCAGCGACGCUGAAUUAUGUACAGACACUAAAGUGAAUGCUUUGUUCAAUUCGGCCGCCGGUGAAACGUUUGUGUUUAAAGGUGAUUAUUAUUGGAAGUUAACGGACGACGGACUUGCUCAAGGAUUUCCCAAGCCUAUCUCAGGCACAUGGUCUGGCCUUCCAGGCAACAUAGACGCUGCAUUCACGUAUAAAAAUGGUAAAACGUAUUUCUUCAAAGGCACAAAGUAUUGGAAAUAUACUGACACUACAAUGGACGACGGGUAUCCAAAAGAUAUAGCCGAAGGCUUUGCCGGUAUCCCUGAUAAUGUUGACGCGGCUCUUGUUUGGAGCGGUAACGGAAAGAUUUACUUUUUCAAAGGCUCAAAGUUUUGGAAAUUUGACCCAAUGCAAAAGCCUCCUGUAAAGAGCACGUACCCGAAGCCUAUUAGCAAUUGGGAUGGUAUACCAGAUAACAUCGACGCAGUCUUGCAUUACACGAAUGGCUAUACUUAUUUCUUCAAAGACGAAAACUACUACAGGUUCAAUGACAGGACGUUUGCAGUCGACGUUGCAGACCCACCUUUCCCCCGUAAUGCUGGAUAUUGGUGGUUUGGUUGUAGAGCUGAAAAUAAGGGACAUCGGCAAGAAGUUACCGCAGCGCCUAGUAUACUCAGACCGUCGUGGCUGGAUGUGAGGCGGGAUCACAAGGGCAAUCAAAACACGGACGUCGGUGAUCUAAUAUUGGACGCAGCUGCGUAAACAAGUUGUUCGGUGCUGAACGAUUCGCUCGCAUUAUGGAUAUCGGUAUGCUGGUAUAAUAUGCUGGUUAGAAAAAAUCUAUAGAUAUACCGCUUAAAAAAAAAUUUUUUUUUAAAUGUCCACCAACAAAUUUUAAACCACCGGUAUUGGAUUGUGUUAACAGAAGAAGAUAGUGGCCACCCAAGUAUUUCGAAAAUGUGAUACUGUGCGGGGGACCGCAUCGAUUUAUUAUAUUGUUUGUUGAAUGUUUUGGACACGGUGUAAUACCUUACCUAUACGUCAAGUGCCGAAUACAACUACUGGACCUACCGAAUUAUCGACCGACUGCAACGCCACCGUGCCGGAGGCAGUUUUUGUAUACAUCGGUAUGACUAUACAAAAAAAGAAAAAACAAAUAAUUGUUAUUAGGAUUCAAAAGGCCCUUGUAUAGCCUUUAAUAUUUAUUCCGAACUUUGAAUGUACGAGUUCAGCGUUGGGUCGACUUUUUAAGAGACUGAAUUUUACACAUCGUUAUAUAAUAUUAUGUACCUGUAUUUAAGAUAAUAUAAUUAUACAUAUUUAGUUUUUGUAGUAAAUAUUAUUUUAUUGUAAUACAUACGUUUGUUUUGUUUGAAUAUUAUUAUUAUUCUCAUUCCUUGUAGACAUGAUAUUAUUAUUUUUUAUUAUUUUGUAUUUUAUUUUAAUAAUAAUUAUCUCAUGACACGCGAAACAAUGCUAUGUUGCAUUUAUAUAUUUAGUACAUUGUUCAACUUUUACAGUUUUUGAAUGAAACUUGGAAUAUUGUUUGAAAAUAUAGAAACUGUAACUGA